GGGCCGCUCUGGGACUUGUAGCCAUGCGCGGCCUGGAGGCGGCCGGGCCUCGGCCCACAACGACCCCCGGGUGUGGGUGUGUGAAGCCGGCGCUGGAGACAGGUAACGGCCGCGCCGCGCCGCCCUCUCCGUACAGCCGCCGGCAGCGCCGCAUUACCGGGAUGUGAGGGAACAUAUUAACUGAACCAAUUGGCUACUUGGAAUCCUGUUUCUCGGCCAAGAAUGGUACUCCAAGGCAGCCGUCCAUUUGUAGCCACUCACGGGCUUGCUUGAGAAUUAGAAAGAGCAUCUUUAAUAAUCCUGAACAUUCCUUGAUGGGAUUAGAACAAUUUUCUCAUGUUUGGAUUUUGUUUGUUUUUCACAAGAAUGGUCAUUUGAGCUGUAAGGCCAAAGUGCAGCCCCCUCGACUGAACGGUGCAAAGACUGGAGUGUUUUCCACAAGGAGCCCCCAUCGUCCCAACGCAAUCGGACUGACCCUGGCCAGGCUGGAAAAGGUAGAAGAUGGAGCUGUGUACCUGUCUGGGAUCGACAUGAUUCACGGCACACCUGUGCUGGACAUAAAGCCCUACAUAGCCGACUACGACUCGCCCCAAAGCUGCCCGACGGCACCUCUCGGCAGCACAAGCCCACCGCAGCACCAGCCCCAUCCAGAAACCAUGCCCCGCUCUGAGGGCCGGCUCUCGGCACCGGCUAGACCACGGCCCCAUGAUGGCCCCGAGGAGAGGCCGCAUUACCCAGAGGACAGGGCUGCAGGAGAGAAGGGCGGGAGGUCAGACGAGAUAGCCUGUGCCCCACGGCCCUCACCCCCGAGCUGGGAGGCGGCCGCAGAGCUGGGCUCCGCAUCUGGACCCGACACAGGCCUGAGUGUGUCGGCGGAGCCCGCCGUGGAGCAGCCUGUUCCAGAGGAAGGCAGGGAUGGCCAGGAGACAGGCUCCUGGGCCCCAGUGGGGAGCAGAGCAGAGGUGGCCCCCCGGGAACCAACUGGGGCGUCCCCGUGCAGUGUCGUGCCCAGCUGGGUGAGGGAAGCCCCCGUGGCUCCCUUGCAGGUCCGGUUCACGCCUCACGCAGAGAUGCAACUCCAGGACCUCGGAUCCGAAGGUGGCGGGCCGGCGCCCUUCAGGUACCUCCAGUCAGUGGCAGAGGCCCGGCGGGCCAUCGAGGCGGUGCUGGCGGCCGACCCCAGGUCCGUGUAUCGCCGGAAGCUGUGCCGGGACCGCCUCUUCUACUUCACCGUCGACACUGUGCACGUCACCUGCUGGUUUGGCGAUGACUUCGCCGAGGUGCUCCGGAUCCAGCCUGCUUCUGGGCCUGGCGGGGUGACUGGCCCUGGGGAGGCUGCGCGGGCCACGGGGCCCUAGGAACUCGGGUUGGCUCUGGAGGCGGCUGCAGGACUCCAGGGCCUCGAGCUCGAGGUGUCUGCUUUGCAGGAGGAUGAGGCUCCUUGGGAUUUCAUGGCUUCCAGUUAUUGGGGUGGUUCAGACAGUGUAUUUGAAAGCUGUAUUCACUGUCACUGUCAUCCCAUUGCUCAUCGAUUUGUUCGAGCAGGCACCAGUAAAGUCUCUCAUUGAGAGACUUAUUGUUACUGUUUUUGGCAUAUCCAAUACGCACGGGUAGCUUGCCGGGCUCUCCGAGAGGGGCGGAGGAAUCGAACCCGGGUUGGCCGCAUGAAAGGUGAACGCCCAGCCGCUGUGCUAUCGCUCCAGCCUUUGAAAGCUGUUUAUUUUAAUAAAUUUCUGAGGUCUUA